AUGGCUUCUAAGCAGCAAGCAGAAAGAUUGGAUGCACACGCGAUGCAGAGGGAAAAGGAAAGGGAAAGGCGCCGUCUUAGAGACAGGAUAAGAAGACAGAACAUGACCCAAGAGCAAAGGGAUAGGCAUCUUGCUAGACGCCGUAGAAAUUAUCAGCUCAGGAGAUUGAGGGCUCAGAAUGCCAAAAUGUUAAGCUCUCAGCAAACAGAUACUAGCAUAAGGAGUAAUGCAUCUGAGCUUGAAUUGAUUGACCACCAUUCUGCCAGUUUACCUAUACUUAAUGAGCUGCCAACUAGCUCUGAAACUACUCAAGGAGGAGCUCAGAAUAUAAGGAAGAACCCGAGAAGGCUACGUGUAAGUGACAUAAGGCAUCUGGCUAGAAGAUUACAUGGUAAUGGUCAACAGCAUAAUGAGGGACUUCUUACAAGCUGUGUAGUAAACACUAAGAGAUUGAGACUAACUCAUGUCAAACGCCUGGCUCGAGCAGUAAAGAUUACUGUGAAGUAG